ACACCCCGUAGCAUCCCCUCCUCCGCUUAGCAGACAAUCGAUCUGUUGUGGACCGACGUUACCAAUGAGAGACUCCACCAUGCUGCACUCUGAGGGCAGCGCCUUACUGAAGGCCGUGUGGCAGGGUAAAUUUAGACUGACCCGCCUCUUGCUGGAAGGAGGUGCCUACAUCAACGAGGGCAACGCCCAGGGCGAGACCCCUUUGAUGGCGGCCUGCUUAGCCAAAUACGACGACCCCCAGAACAAAUCCCGCAUGGUGAAAUACCUUCUGGAGAACGGGGCGGACCCCAACAUGCCGGACAAGACGGGCAAGACGGCCCUGAUGCACGCUUGCUGCAUCCACACCGGGGCGAGCGUGGCCUCCGUGCUGCUGGAGCACGGCUCGGACCCGAGCCUGAAGGACUACUCGGGCACGUCGGCCCUCAUGUACGCGCUUAACAAGGGCGACCGGGAAACCUUAAGGGUCCUCCUGGACGCCUGCAAGGCCAGAGGGAAAGAGGUCAUCAUCAUCACCACGGACACUUCUCCUUCCGGCACUAAGAAAACCAAGCAGUAUCUCAACUCGCCCCCCUCGCCCGGAGUGGACGAGAAGCAAUCGCCGUCCGUGUGCAUGUCGCCGUCGGACAUUGACCUGAAGACAUCGCUUUCCCCGGCCAGCGAGAAGGAAGAGGCGCGGGAUGUUUUCAACUUCAACAUGGGCACCAGGCUUACCUGCCCAACAUCCAGCAAGCUAGAGGUCAAAACCUCUGACCACAUACCAACCAAGGGCAGGAUGGUCAACAAGAAACAAUUGAAAAGACUCAACUCGGAGCCUUGGGGUCUGGUGGCCCCAUCCGUCCUGGCUGCUUCUCAACUCGCCGUACCUCAAGAGAAACCCUCAGCGGAAGAGUCCGAGGAGAAGAUGAUCGCCGACGUCAACAACCUGUCCAUCCACAAAAGGCCGGUGCUUUCCAGGCGUCAUAGCGUAGAGGGGCAGGACUCGUCUUGUUUUAAGACCAGCGAGCAGUCUUCCGAGGAGGAUCCCUCCGGGCCAGACCCGUCAUGGGCUGACAAAGUUCAGUUUAGCCACCUCCACCAGCCACUCUCGAGGCGCAACACGGCGCCCGAGGCUCAGGAAACCGCCAACGUCCCCUUGGCUCCAACGAUCGGGACUAAUUUACGCGCGGCCCCUCAUCAUAAGCUGACGCGUAUGGACCACUAUGAAUCCGAUUCCCACCUUUGCCCCGAUUCCAUCCCGGGUUCUCCGGACUCUGGGCGGGUUUCCUUGGAACGGAGGAAAUACAAUGCUUCUCCAUUAACGCUUUUCACCAGUUCCUCGCGGGAAUCCUUAGAGAGCAUCCCCAGCGCCGUCUCCCCGAUGAGCGUUCGUAGGAGGACUCCGGGCCUCCUGGAAAGACGGGGCUCCGGGACUCUCCUUUUGGAUCACAUAUCUCAUACUAGGCCAGGCUUCUUGCCGCCGCUCAACGUCAACCUCAACCCUCCCAUCCCAGACAUCCGAUCCAAUGGCAAAGCUCCUUCGCCGGUGCAUGGAAGCCAGAAGACUUUGGUUCCUGUGGCCCCCAGCUCUCCGAAACACUUCGAUGCCAAAGCCAAAAAGAAACUCAUAAGACGGCAUUCUAUGCAAACUGAACAGAUCAGACAGCUGGCCAGUUUCCAGAACCUAUUUACUCAGAAUGAAUCCUCCAAUUAAAGGGAUACGUC